AAGAAAGAAAGAAAGAAAGAAAGAAAAGAAAACAGAGGCACCACUUGCGCCAGAUGGAUAAAGGCAGCUUGAGCUUCACGUUGCUACUUCCAAAGCCAGUCUGCGCCUCUUACCAGAAUAUAGGUUAUCGUAUGGGAGGGCUGUAAACAACGCUGAUCCCCCUCACCACGCGUAGCCAGCACUACCCAGUCGCCCAGGUUUGGUGAGCGCGGAGAGAUAGACAGAUGUCAGAGGCGUUUGUCCAGAUUCUCACGCCUUCAAGAGGAGGGCAGUGGCAGGGCACCCCAACUGCUCUCCAGUGCGGACUCCGGAUUCUAGCAAGGGGCGGAGCUUCUCGGAAAGCGAAAGAAGGAGGGCCUGACAGGAGUCGUAGGGGAAGUAGGAAGCUCAACAAGGCCAGCGCACCGGGGUCGGGGGUGGCUCGCCAUGUCGGAAAGAAGCCCUCGCGUGGGAUCCGUGCGCCUGGACUCCUCCAUGUACUCCCUCCCCUUGGCCGCGCUCAACGUGGGAGUGCGGCGCCGCCUCUCGCUGUUCUUGAACCUACGGACGCUGGUGGCGGCCGACUGGACCUCGCUGGCGGAGGAGAUGGGCUUCGAGUACUUGGAGAUCCGAGAACUGGAGAGUCGCCCCGACCCCACCCGCAGUCUGUUGGAUGCCUGGCAGGGGCGCUCUGGCGCGUCGGUCGGUAGGCUACUAGACAUGCUGACGCUGCUGGACCGUCAAGAUAUACUGCUGGAACUGAAGGACCUCAUCGAGGAUGACUGCAGGAAAUACUUAGUAAAUAAGCAGAAGCAGGAGUCUGAGAAGCCUUUGCAGGUGCCCAGAGUGGAAAGCAGUGUCCCACAAACAAAGGAGCUGGGCGGCAUCACGACUCUUGAUGACCCCCUGGGACAGACACCGGAGCUUUUCGACGCCUUCAUCUGCUACUGCCCCAGUGAUAUUGAAUUUGUGCAGGAGAUGAUCCGGCAGCUCGAACAGACAGACUAUCGGCUGAAGCUGUGUGUGUCCGACCGUGAUGUCCUGCCAGGCACCUGCGUCUGGUCCAUUGCCAGUGAGCUCAUUGAGAAAAGGUGUCGUCGCAUGGUGGUGGUUGUUUCUGACGAUUACCUACAGAGCAAGGAAUGUGACUUCCAGACCAAGUUUGCCCUCAGCCUCUCUCCAGGUGUCCAACAGAAGAGGCUGAUUCCCAUCAAGUACAAGGUGAUGAAGAAGGAGUUCCCCAGUAUCCUGAGGUUCAUCACCACCUGCGACUAUACCAAUCCUUGCACCAAGUCCUGGUUCUGGACCCGCCUUGCCAAGGCUUUGUCCCUGCCCUGAAGAUGGUCCUGGGAGUCCUAGGUCUGUCAGUCUGUCCCUGCUGUUCUGCUUGCCUCCUCUGACACUGUAGGAGGGAACCGUGGUCCGCUCAUCCCUAACAUCUUCUGUAGCCAGACAUCAUCUGGACCCUGUGUCUCAGGUCUUGAAUGGAGCCUGUGACUCCAAGUGACAUUCUUACUCGCCUGUUGUCAGCCAGCAUAGUGAUCAUUGGGUUGGUGGAGUCUCAGGCCACCUGAGCUACAUCUCAGCCAUCUUUGGCCUCAGUGUCUCCUCCACCUGAGAGAUAGGCUACGGCGAUCAGGCAGGGAACAUGGUGAAAUGCUGCUCUGACCUAGGAGGGACAGUCUGGGCUGAAGGAGAGCUGGUUAUAGGACCACAUGCUGGCUGUUAAAGGCACCGCAGGCUUGCCAGGACAGCUGCUUUCACCUGUGUGCCUUAAACCCCCUUUCCUCCUCCCACAGGGCAGAGGGGAAGAGGGGCUGACUCGGAGCUGGAUGCACCCAUGCUGCCCUGUCUGCAUCUUUGACUCCUCUCAGCCUCUGCCCAUGUUCAGAGGUGACUGGCCUGAGCACCUGAGACUGCCUCUCACUCCCACCCACCCAUGCCUCUGUGCACAUCUCAGUUCUGUCCAGCCUCAGGUGGGAUCCUGUCCUCUGAGCUGGGCCACCGGGGCCAUCAGGACAGUGUCAUCAGGGAACCUUCCACCCCACCCUUCGGCUCAUCAAGACAGAGACUUUCUACCAACUUGCUGUACCUCAAUUACCUACUUUGUUAACAAGCAGCAAAAACACAAAAACAUCCUGCCCCCAGGAUGGAGGCAUGUGUCCCCAAACAGUCUUGUUCAUGUAGAUACAUGUAAGUACACACAUGCUCCCUCACACGCACAGGCAUCUGCACACAUGUGUUUCCUUUGGGACAGCUCCCAAGAAUGGCUGCGUGGAAGAGUUCUACCCUCAGGGGGGUCUGGACAAGAAUGGGGUACUCAUGGCACAGGUAGGAGCAUGUGCCUACAAUUCCGGCAUUUGGGAGGGUGAGGCAGGAGAACCAGGAGUUCAAAGCUAUCCUUGGCUACACAAGGUCAGCUUGGGCUACAUGAGGUCCUAUUGCUGUCUUCCAAGAGAAGACAAAGAUGUGGGCACUGGUGCUUUCUUCCCUCUCUUCCCCAGUCAUUGACAGCAAAGUCUAGAAAGGCCCCAAACAUGACAGCAUUUGGGCCGUUAGUGAACUGAAGAUUGAAAAAGGAGAAGCUCAACAGCAGAAAUCAGCUGCAAGCUCAGCUGUUUGCUCCCCAGUAAGGUGGUUGGUGUAUUCCUCCCAAGCUCUCUGGCAUAGGGGCAAAGUCGUGGUCCCUCUCAGGGCCCACCCCUCGGUCCUGAAUCCAAAAGAAAAUGUGCUGCCCUCAGUGUCUCGGGAGGAAUGGAGGCCCUUAGAGUAACCUCGUGAAACACUCCAGUGCUUGAUAGCAGACAUUUUAAAGCAAUCUGGAGAAAGUGUCUUCUAUGCCUGUUGUAUAGACUGUAUGAGAACUUCAGCGAGAUAGAUGGAAGAAAGGCUCAUGUCUGUCCUUUGUACUUCUGCAUUUGAAAGGUAAAUAAAAAGUAUUCUAUUUUGAGAA